AUGGAUCCAAGUCUACAUUUAUAUUUGCUCUGUAAAAUAAAAGUAGCGAUUCAAAAAGAAGACACCAAUAUGAGAUUGGCGAUUCCAGCAGAAUGUAAACUUAAUGUCACCUUAAGAUUCUUAGCGACCGGUGAUUCAUUCUCCAGUUUACAAUAUUUAUUUAGAAUACCAAAAAACACUAUAAGUACAUUUAUUCCUGAGGUAUUCGAUGCGAUUUACAAUGCUUUAUUUGACUUUUUAAAGGUGCCAAACUCCGUAGAAGAGUGUAAAGAAAUCGAAAAAGGUUUUAAUGAAAAGUGGAAUUUCCCAGGAUGCAUUGGAGCAAUUGACGGCAAGCAUGUGGCUAUUCAUGCUCCAAUGUUUAGUGGAAGUGAGUAUUAUAAUUAUAAAAAUGCAUUCAGUUUAAUACUUAUGGCUGUAGUUGAUGCCAAUUAUUGCUUCCGUUUCAUUGAUAUUGGAGCUUAA